UCCAACUCUUGCUCGUCAGUUACUCAUUUCCGUUUCGUUUUAUAUAUAGGAGGAGGACCAACUCUCUCCCAACCUCUCUCUCCGCUUGCCGCUUCCUGCUUCCUGCUUCUCUCUCUCUCUCUCUCUCGCUCUCUCCGCACCCAUAAUCAGCAAAAUCAAAUCGAAUGGAACCUGAACUGGUGUUCGCUUCGUCGUCGAUGGACGCCGGCAUCGGCUGCUGGGACCUGCAUUCCGGCGCCGAGGGCCUCCGCUACCGGUCGUGCGCCUCCGCUCCUCACGGCCUCGUCUCUGUCGGCAGCCGCUUUCUCGCUUCUUCUCAGCUUCGCGAGCCCUCCUCUUCCUCCGGCUCCGUCCUCUACUGGUCCUGGAACAAGCCUCAUGUGGAAGUUAAGAGCUUCCCUGCAGAACCAAUUAAUCCGCUUGUUUCCAACAUGGAAGGGACUUAUUUAGUUGGAGGUGGUGUUUCUGGCGAUAUAUACUUUUGGGAGGUUAACACAGGUAGACUGCUUAAGAAGUGGCAUGCUCAUUACAGAGCUGUGACUUGCUUGGUGUAUUGCGACGGUCAGUCCCUAUUGAUUUCUGGGGCGGAGGAUGGUUCUGUUAGAGUCUGGUCUCUUGUCACGAUAUUUGAUAAAACGUGGAUGGAGCGGGCGAAACACCUUCAUAUGUAUAAUUUUGCUGAGCACACUUUACGAGUGACUGACAUUGCCAUGGGUCAUGGAGGACCCAAUGCAAUUAUAAUAUCUGCUUCUGAAGACCGGACCUGUAAGGUCUGGAGCUUAGCUAGGGGGGAGCUAUUGAGAAAUAUUGUAUUCCCAUCAAUAAUUGAUGCAAUUGCAUUGGACCCUGUGGAGUAUGUAUUCUAUGCUGGAGGUAGAGAUGGGAAGAUAUACAUUGCGGCACUCAAUGCUCCUGACAUCAACAACAAUUAUGGGAUGUAUAUUCUUGGUUCAUUAGCUGAUCAAAGUAAGGCUGUCACUUCCUUAGCAUUUGACGUGGAUGGGGUGUUAUUAAUUUCUGGCUAUGAAGAUGGCAUGGUUCGAGUGUGGGACACCAGGACUCGUAAUAUCAUUCGCAUAUUCAAACAUGCAAAAGGUCCUGUUAACAAUAUUCUUGUUAUGAGUUCUCCACUAAGCUUAAAUCCUCGGAUGGUACUGAAUUCUCAAUCUGCUUCAGUGGGAAGGCAUGGAUCUACAUUAGCACCUCCACUGGAGAAGUACACAAGUUCUGCCGAUGAAAUCGUAGAAAUUAAGACUUAUCUAGGUGGCCAGUCUACUUGUGUUGAACCACUGAGUGGCUCAUACAUCAGUGCUCAAAUUAUUAAUAAUCAGAUCAAAGAGCUACAGCAACAAGGUUCUUCUGCAACUGAUGGACUCGAGGUGGAACAACUAAAGAAUGACUUGUCAAGAUCUAUGCAAAUGGCCCAGAAGUGGAAGAAAAUGUAUGAAAACUUGCAUCAAUUUUGUGUGAAUGAGCUUAUGGACGGAGAUCAAGAUGAAGGCGACAAUGGAAAGUCUACUUGAAACUACUCUUCUUUAUGCAUAAUUACCUCCUCUAUGCUCUCAUGGUUUCAACAAUUAACUUUAUAGCGUUUCCAUUUUCUAUGAUGCAUAUGUUUCUCUAUUUAGUUGGGAUCUUUUGAAUUUUGUAUUGUCAGUCUUAUUUUGAAGAGCUUCUAGCUAUUUGGUUUGGAUCUUUUGAAUAUAGUAUUGUCAGGACUCAUUUUGAAAGCUUCUAGCUAAUCAAUAUACAACUUGUGCAGUUUUAUUCAA